AUGGAUCUAUUUCAGGAAUAUGACUUUUUCCACGGAUACAUUGAUCAGUAAGUUAGGUUGAGUAUGAAAAUUCCUCUCAAAACCCGUUAAAAAUUUUUUUCAGAAAAGAAUGUCGAGCAUUGCUGAUAGAAUCAGGCGAUUUUCUGAUUCGCUCAUUCUUCAAAACCAAAACCGAUAGUAAAGAAAGUUUUUUAUGUGUCUUGAGUGUUGCGGAAAGAUCUUCAGAAAUAGGCGACAAUGGAAAUCAGACGCGAAUCCGAUCAGUCGGAAUCAACGCGUUGAAUGAAACAUCAUUCGGAAUUCAGGGAAGUGAAGAGGCUUUUCCAACAAUCCGCGCACUCGUCGAUUCAUUUAUCAACUCCAAAAAACCAGUCGUUGAACAAGUUUCACUAAUCCGCUCGAUCGCAAGACAACCCUGGGAAUUUUCUCGAAAUGAUAUUGAUAUUCCUCAACCAGAAGUUGGUUUGGGAAAAGGAUCUUUUGGCACGGUUAUCAAGGGAAAAUUAUUGAAAUUGGACUUGGAUGUGGCGAUAAAACGCUUGAAUGACCAGGCAAAUGAGACAGCAUUUGCAGAAGCUUUGCAAGAAACUAGAGUUAUGCGUAAACUUGAUCAUAACAAUAUUGUAAAGCUAUUUGGAAUUGUAAUUGAUUCAAUGCCAUUAAUGAUUGUUAUGGAAUUGGUUGAUGGAAAUUCAUUAUCUAAAGUUUUACGCGGUCGCACUCUUCCAAAUGGUUAUAGAAUGUCAUUUAUUGUUGGGUUAAUGUAUGGUUUGGCUUAUAUGCAUGAUCGUGGAUAUAUUCAUCGAGAUGUUGCCGCGAGAAAUGUUUUGGUUUCGAAAGAUUGGCAAAAAGUUAAAUUGAUUGAUUUUGGUUUGAGUAGAAAUGGGCCGAGUUAUACAUUCACAACAUUUCAAAAAAUACCAACUCGAUGGUUGUCGCCGGAAGUUUGUCGCGAUGGAUUAUUCUCACAAAAAUCUGAUAUUUGGGCGUUUGCAGUGACUUGCUGGGAAAUGUAUAAUGAUGGAGCUGAACCGUAUCAUAAUUUGAAGAAUCCUGAAGUUCGUGCGAUUGUGUUAGAUCAAGAGAAAUUUGAGGAGAAUCGUUUGAAUUUGAAGCCAUGUGCUGGAGAUGAAAAACCACCACAAGCAUGUAAGAUUUUGAAAUUUGUUUUCAAAUUUUUUUAAAAAAUUCCAGUUCACACAUUUCUUCGCGCAUUGUUCGAACACAAUCAUAAAAAGCGACCUGGCUCUUCAAAAAUGCUUUCAUUGUUCGAAAAAGUGGCGGUUGAAUUGACUGGAGCUGACGUUGAAAACGUCCGCCUUCAAGUUCAAAAGGGACAAUUUCAAUCAAAAGUUGGAAAUAGUUGUCGUCCACAUCGUCAGGCUACAGCAAGAUCAAUAACUCCAAGUAGAGAAUCGGCAAGAGUUCUCAAAAAAUCUGCACAAAUGCCGCCAACAGCAAAAUCGCGACGUGGAAGAAGUACAUCGGGAAGACCACCAGUUACGGAUAAGGAUAAGGAUGAUAAGAAGGUUAAAACGCGUAGACGUCGAUCAAAAGCAUAA